UACAUUCAAACAAGUUAACAAAAUGUUCAAGCACUACAAAGAUUUGUGCGAUGUUGUUUCCUUAUUGGCAUACUGUUCUGCCGAAAGAUCGUACUUGCUGAACCGAGAGGCUAACGGUGAAUAUUGGCUACCUUCUUGCAAAACCGAGAAAAACUGUUGGAAUAUGACAGCCCAGAAAAUUAAUGUAGAGAUAUUUGGCAGCGAAGCAAGCGCAUGCCAGCCGCUCCAGGUCAUAAAAACCUGGUUGCCAGACCACGAGAGUACGUGCGUGUACCACGCCGUCUACAAGGCCGCCGUCAAGUCUGAGCUCAAGAAACGGAUGAAGAUUAAGAAUGUCAGUGUAACCAAAACCCCUCAAUGGGUGAACUCAGUCGAGUUGGAUCGCCUACGUGCGCACUGCAGCCUUCGCAGCCCAGAGAUCGCCAUGUUGGCUGCCCUGGCUACUGGGGACCAUUGUAAGGACCAAGAAAUUCACGAGCUGAAGAGCAGUAUGUUGGUCGAGGUGUGCGAAGAAAACACGCUGAUUGGGCCGGACUGCGCCGGCAGCCUCGUUGGUGCCGCCCUGCAGCAAUGUCAGCUGCUUGCCGCUGCUAAAUACAAGAAAGAAGACCAGAUCCGCGUGUACCGUGAGUUCACGGAGAUGGUGUACCCCGCACAGUACAUGAGCCCGCAUCUGUUCAAGCAGCUCAUGCUGGAUGUUGGCUGGCAGUAUCCGCAGUGCCCGGGGCUGUUUAGAGCUGCAGACAUGACAAACCGGGGCGGGCUCUCGUUUCACGAUCUGCUGAUGUGGACAGCAGCUCUGGAGCCCGUUACGCAGCAUAGCGGCUUUACAGCGGAAAUCCGAUGCAAGUACAUUUUCAGAUACUUCGACAGCGAUCGGGACCAGAAGUUGGAAUACGCAGAGUUUAAAGAACUUGUUGCGGCGGCUCGCGCAGCACGGCAAGUCCCUAUUGACGCACUGAGCGUAGCUCGCGACGCCGACAAUGUUUACAGGCAGCUGAACUUACAGCCAAACUCCCAAUUGUCUAUGACGGACUACUUACGUGGUGUCAGCGAAGCCCGUCUCCGAGGGACCAGUGCCAUGCUGCGCGCCAAACGAGGCAUCGCCAACUACCUUGUCGAUCUUCACCCUCCACCUGCUCAAGUACCGCCACACUUGGCAAAAGCUGUGCAGACUCGUUCCUUCGGACAGCAGACAGUAGAAAGCGGUGUAUCCCGACGGGCUAAACUGAGCGCGAGUUCUUGUCGCCGCGCCGACUAUGCCGUGGCAGCUUACUCAGUGCGAGUGAGACGCCGCACCAACGAGAUGCUAGAACUUGCUUCCAUAGAAGAAGACGCGGUGACCCCCUCAACAGCGAAAAUUCUAGGUACCCUGUCGCUAGAGGUCCUGGGCCCAUCCACGGCACCUGUAGCCGCGCUCAAUGCUGUCAGAUACUUCGCCACCGCCAUUAGUAGCAAACGACUAUCAGUAGCCGGCAACCAAGCUACCUCGGCCAAGCAGGCGUGGACCUGGGCCAAUAAAACCGAAGAGGCUGAUUUGGGAAACUUGAUCAUCAAGCUCGCAGACGCAGUGGCUCCCAUCUGCGUCAAUGAGGCGAGAAUGCUGAGGGUACGAUCGCCUAUAUACGCUGUGGGUGAUCUCCACGGCAACUUAGCGGCGCUCCUAGCGAUGGAGACCGCUUUCUGGCCGAUGGGUCCAGCAUUGGCCCCGACCCACUUCCUCUUCCUAGGGGACUAUGUGGACCGAGGGCCGCACGGCUGCGAGCUGAUAGCGUAUCUGCUGGCGGCUAAGCUGCAGAGGCCGCAGUCAGUGCUAUUGAUCCGGGGGAAUCACGAGACGAGGGACAUACAGAAAAUGUUCACGUUUCAUGCUGAAUGCCUAACCAAGUAUGGUGAAGUAGAGGGCACGAGAGUGUGGUCGGCGAUCAACAACGUCUUUGACGCGCUGCCACUUGCUGCCGUCGUCGACGACAAGGUAUUCUGCUGCCACGGCGGCAUCCCCCCACCGUGGGUGUGCCCGCUAAUAUCAGCUAUCGAUAAGGUCCCCGUGCCACUACCGAAGCCCUCUGAGCAGAGCUCAAUAGCUUGGGAGCUUCUGUGGAACGACCCUGUCAAACCGCACAAGAUCACGGCUACGCAGGCGUUGGAGCUGGCCGCCAACGAGGGGUUCGCGGCGAACUCCAAGCGCGGCACCGGACACGUGUUCGACCAGAACGCGCUUGACCGAUUCCUGCUUGCGAAUCAGCUGUCGCACGUACUUCGAGCCCACGAGGUGCACCAGGCCGGGUUUAUGUGUCAGCUGCGCGGGCGACUGGUGUCGGUGUUUUCAUCUUCGCGCUACUGCGGCGGCACCAACGACUCCGGCGUGGCUUUACUGGACGACGGCAAGCUGAGGUUGUUGAGGAUCAAUGCAGACUAAGGGCCAGUUGUGGCAGUUGUACCAGCCACAACACGCAAUGAUCAACGCCACUCAGCAGUGAACU